CUAAACAGCAAAUUCAACGUUUUGUCAUUAACCUCGUUAAAGCAGAGCACUUUGAUCAGUUUGCUUAUUUUCAAUCGGCGCAGAGUUGGCGAACUGGAAAGGCUUACUCUUGAGAGUUACAGAACUGCUCAUUCUAUUGGGGACAUCGACGAUAGAGCUAAUUCUAAUCUGUAUAAAGACAUGUCUGCCAAAAUGAGAAACAUUUCUCAAAAUUUCACCAGGGUGAUUAUUCGUGGCAAAAAAAACCGUACAGUUCCAGUUCUUUUUACACCAUGGGAUCGUUAUUGCAUAGACAAUAUUCUGGAAUAUGGAAAACGCACAAUAAAUAAACCAACUACAUAUAUCUUUAGUGUGCCAAACCCGCGGCCACUAAGAAAAGAAUAUAUUCGUGCGUGUCCAAUACUAGAAAAAUUCGCAAAUGAAUGUGGUGCACGUUGCCCUGAAUCCCUUAGAGGCACAAACCUGCGAAAGCAAUUGGCCACACAUACCUCUUUAUCUAAUGUUAAGGACAUUCAAAUUGAUUAUUUGGCGAGCUUUAUGGGUCACCAUAAAGACAUCCAUAAAAAUUACUAUCGUGUUCCUGCCUCUGUAGCAGAGAUGACCCAAGUUUCGCAAUUACUUAUGUCAGCAAUGAACAUGGAAGAGGAAAAUGCUGAAAUUGUAGAAGCUAAUCCCGACACUGAAAUUAAUAAUUCAGAAAGCUCAAAUGAAUCAAAUGAUGAAGAGCCGCCGGAGUUUGUAUGUACGUCAGAUGACGCAAAUUAUUCGCCUCCCAAAAGAAUGGUAAAACGUCGAAGCACGUCACCGUUUGGAAAAACGCGCCGUGUACGAUGGGGCCCAGGCGAACGCAAGCAACUGGAAAACAUAUUUGGGAAUUUAGAAACAUUGGAAAAGUUGCCAUCGCUUAAAAAAUGUUCCCAAAUAAUAAAUGAGAAUCCAUGUUUUCGCGGCCGCACUUCAGCUCAACUAAAGACUUUUCUGGACAACCAGAGAAAAGCGGAGGGGAGGAAAAAAUCUUUGUAAUGUUUUAAAACAAUAAAAAUAAAAUAAAAUAAUCUUAUAACAAAAUAUAUAAAAUAUGCAUGUUUACUUUUCAUACAAGUUUAUGAUGAUCAAUAAUUUCGUUUAAUAUUGAUCCGACAGACAAAUGGAGUGACGGGCGUGUCUAAAUCGACACUAUUUCGUUAAUAAUAGAUAUAGAUUAAAUUUAUUUUACACUGCUAAAUAAGCAAAACUUCGUUAUACCACUUUCAUACAUUUUUAAUGGGUUGGCGGUAAACAAAAAAUAAAAAUCUCAAAUACUUACUCAAAUGGGAGUAAGUAAAAGUUUCCGUGUUCUAAUUCCAUAUUAAAAUGUUUGUAUAUUCGGUAAUAUGCGCUAGAGUUAUUUGAGGGACAUUGUCCCCAAUAAGGACGUCUCAUAUAGUGUUCCCGAAAUAAUCGUUACUCAUCCAAUUCAUUCCACCGUUCCCUGUCCCUAAAAAUAGCUUUAGCCAAUAAGACUUUGGACCAGGUGGCAACUCUAAAUUUUUGUCCCCAAAAUAAGCUUUCUAAUGGAUUAUGAUUAUAUAUAAUAUUUUGGCAAAGUAUUUAAAGUCAGUUUUGAAGACUCGGUCCCAGAAAUAAUCUUUACAUAUCGUGUCCCCAAAUAAAUCUCUCUAUGACCAAAGGCACAUAUUUUUUAACAGAAAGCUCCAAAAUGCCCCAUUCUCAGAGAGAUGAUUAUUUGGGGGCUUAUUAAUAGA